GUGGACGCGGCCCCAGAGCCCCGAGAAACUUUCCUCUCGCGAGGAGCAGGCCCCCUGCCCGGCGCCGCUCGGGAUGCGCCCCUCUGCGCGGCGGCGGCGCGGACCCGGAGCCCGGGAGGGCUCGCGCGCCGGAUAGAAGCCUGCAUCGCCGGCCUUGCUACCCGUGGGCAGGAUGGCCCGUGUGAACUCUGCCAGCCGCCCCCACUAUGCCUCCUCCAUCCCUGUGCCCCGGGCUGCUUCCCAGACCAGGAUUCACACACCGGGUGCCUCUCCCCAGCUGCGGCCGCGCCAGGCUGGCCUGGCUCUGAGUCCCCAGCGAGCAGCCUCCCCAGGACUGGGCAGGGCUGGAGGCCCUUGUAGAGGCCCUUCUCCGAAGGCCUCCCGGGGGAGAGGCUCAGCCAAGGCUUCUGGGGCAGUAAGAGAGUCUGUCGAGGGCGGGGAAGGCCUCUCCAGCUCCCCAUGGAGCAGUCCCCGAGCAACCCCGAGAGCAGCCAUCUCCAGCCGGGCUGGAACCAGAAGAGGUGGGGUGACCCUGGGCCCCCAGGGAAAGAAGAAGGUGGUCCAGGAGGGAGUUCCAGUCUGCCAGAGCCGGGGCAGGAGCCCACCCCGAAUGAGCUCUCAUGGAGAAACUCAAAUCCCAGGGGCUCCUGAAGGUCAAAACCCUCCUAACUACUCAGGAAAAGAUCAAAGAGCUACAAACUGCAACAGUUCUGGGGUCCCCAGGUCCUUGGAGCCUGAUGCCUCGGCAGGCGCAGGGGCUUGCUCCCCGGUCAGCAGCCCUGUGCAGAGCACACGGCCCUCCCCCACCCUGGGGGCCAUCAGCUUCUCCUCUGGACAUCAGCAGAGCCAGCCGGUCACCGCCACGGUGGCCCCCUUCCAGUACAGGCUGCAGACAGACCAGGAACCUGGCCCCCUCCCGCAGGGUGGCUCUGCCUUUGAUGGCUACUCCAGCGCCCCUGGUGGGACUGAGACCGAGGGCUUCUCUUGCAUGGUGCCUGCAGACGCGCGGAUCGUCCAUGCGCUCCUCGCGGGCAGAAUGCUGGGCAGCAGCGUCAAGAGCGCGCAGCCCGAGGUGGAACUGAGCGGCGGCGGCGACGAGGGCGCGGACGAGCCCCGGGGCGCGGGUAGGAAGGCGGCCGCGGCGGACGGCAAAGGCAUGCUGCCCAAGCGCGCCAAGGCGCCCGGCGGCGGCGGCGGCGUGGCCAAGGCCAGCGCGGCCGAGCUGAGGGUCUUCAAGUCCGGCAGCGUGGACGGCCGAGCCCCCGGCGGACCGCCGGCCUCCAACCUGCGCAAGCAGAAGUCGCUCACCAACCUCUCCUUCCUCACGGACUCCGAGAAAAAGCUGCAGCUCUAUGAGCCCGAGUGGAGCGACGAUAUGGCCAAGGCGCCCAGGGGCUUGGCUAAGGCGGGGUCCAAAGGCCGCGAGGCUCCGCUCAUGUCCAGGACACUGUCCAAAUCGGAGCACUCGCUCUUCCAGGCCAAGGGCGUCCCGGCAGGCGGUGCCAAGACCCCUCUGGCCCCGCUUGCGCCCACCUUGGGAAAGCCGAGCCGGAUCCCGCGCGGCCCCUACGCCGAGGUCAAGCCGCUGAGCAAGGCUCCUGAGGCUGCCGUGAGCGACGACGGCAAGUCGGACGACGAGCUGCUCUCCAGCAAGGUCAAGGCACAGAAGGGCUCCGGGCCCGGGCCCGCUGCCAAAGGCCAGGAGGAGCGCGCCUUCCUCAAGGUGGACCCCGAGCUCGUGGUGACCGUGCUGGGAGACUUGGAGCAGCUGCUGUUCAGCCAGAUGCUGGACCCAGAGUCCCAGAGAAAGAGGACGGUGCAGAAUGUCCUGGAUCUCCGGCAGAACCUGGAGGAGACCAUGUCCAGCCUGCGGGGCUCUCAGGUGACUCACAGCUCCCUGGAGAUGACCUGCUACGACAGCGAUGAUGCCAACCCUCGCAGCGUGUCCAGCCUCUCCAACCGCUCAUCCCCGCUCUCCUGGCGCUACGGCCAGUCCAGCCCCAGGCUGCAGGCCGGUGAUGCGCCGUCUGUGGGAGGGAGCUGCCGCCCGGAGGGCCCACCUGCCUGGUACAUGCACGGGGAGCGGGCCCACUACUCGCACACCAUGCCCAUGCGCAGCCCCAGCAAGCUCAGCCACAUCUCCCGCCUGGAGCUGGUCGAGUCCCUGGACUCAGACGAGGUAGACCUCAAGUCCGGCUACAUGAGUGACAGCGACCUCAUAGGCAAGACCAUGACUGAGGAUGACGACAUCACGACCGGCUGGGAUGAAAGCAGUUCCAUCAGCAGUGGGCUCAGUGAUGCCUCAGAUAACCUCAGCUCAGAAGAGUUCAAUGCCAGCUCCUCGCUCAACUCCCUCCCAACCACUCCCACUGCUUCUCGCAGGAACUCAACAGUAGUGCUGCGCACAGACUCAGAGAAGCGCUCACUGGCAGAAAGCGGGCUGAGUUGGUUUAGCGAAUCUGAGGAGAAGGCCCCCAAAAAGCUGGAGUACGACAGCGGCAGCCUGAAGAUGGAGCCGGGGGCUUCCAAGUGGCGGAGGGAGCGACCCGAGAGCUGCGACGAUUCAUCCAAAGUUGGGGAGCUGAAAAAGCCCAUCAGCCUGGGCCAGCCUGGCUCCCUGAAGAAGGGCAAGACCCCCCCAGUGGCUGUCACGUCUCCCAUCACUCACACGGCCCAGAGUGCCCUCAAGGUCGCAGGUAAAUCCGAAGGCAGAGGCGCAGACAAGGGCAAGCUCGCCGUGAAGAGCGCCGGGCUGCAGCGGUCCUCCUCCGACGCCGGCCGCGAGCGCCUGAGCGACGCCAAGAGGCCGCCCUCGGGCAUCGCCCGUCCCUCUGCGUCGGGAUCCUUUGGCUACAAGAAGCCGCCUCCCGCCACGGGCACCGCCACCGUCAUGCAGACUGGUGGCUCGGCCACGCUCAGCAAGAUCCAGAAGUCCUCGGGCAUCCCGGUCAAGCCCGUGAAUGGGCGCAAGACCAGCUUGGAUGUGUCCAACAGCGCGGAGCCCGGCUUCCUUGCGCCCGGAGCCCGUUCCAACAUCCAGUACCGCAGCCUGCCCCGGCCGGCCAAGUCCAGCUCCAUGAGCGUGACCGGCGGGCGGGGCGGGCCGCGCCCCGUCAGCAGCAGCAUUGACCCCAGCCUCCUCAGCACCAAGCAGGGGGGCCUCGCCCCAUCCAGACUGAAGGAGCCUUCCAAGGUGGCCGGGGGACGGCCCGCUCCCGCGCCUGUCAAUCAGACGGACCGGGAGAAGGAGAAGGCCAAAGCGAAGGCGGGGGCUGUGGACUCCGACGGCGGCCCCCUGCAGAGCGGCGGCUCCCCAGAGAACGCCCCCAGGAGCCAAGCGAGCCACCCCCCAGCCGCCAAGCUGGCAGAGCUGCCACCGACCCCUCUCAGGACUGCAGCUAAGAGCUUUGUCAAGCCACCCUCACUAGCCAAUCUAGACAAGGUCAACUCCAACAGUCUGGACCUGCCCUCGUCUAGUGACGCCCACCCCCCCAAGGUCCCGGAUCUGCAUGCUACAAGCUCGGCCACCGGAGGCGCUCUCCCUUCCUGCUUCGCCCCCAGUCCAGCACCCAUUCUCAAUAUCAACUCUGCCAGCUUCUCCCAAGGCCUGGAGCUCAUGAGUGGCUUCAGUGUUCCAAAAGAGACCUGCAUGUACCCCAAACUCUCAGGCCUGCACAGGAGCAUGGAGUCCCUCCAGAUGCCAAUGAGCCUGCCCAGUGCCUUCCCCACCAGUGCUCCCAUCCCCACCCCGCCUGCUCCCCCAGCUGCACCCCCAGAGGAAGACGUAGAAGAGCUGACCUGGAGUGGAAGCCCCAGAACUGGGCAGUUGGACAGUAAUCAGCGGGAUCGGAACACCCUUCCCAAGAAAGGGCUCAGGUACCAGCUUCAGGCCCAAGAGGACACCAAGGAGAGGCGACAUUCCCAUACCAUCGGGGGGCUGCCUGAAUCCGACGACCCGUCCGAGCUGCCUUCCCCCCCUGCCCUCUCCAUGUCCUUGAGUGCAAAGGGCCAGCUUACCAACAUAGUGAGUCCCACUGCGGCCACGCCAAGAGUCGCCCGCUCCAACAGCAUCCCCACCCACGAGGCCGCCUUCGAGCUGUACAGCGGCUCCCAAAUGGGGAGCACCCUGUCCCUGGCCGAGAGACCCAAGGGAAUGAUUCGGUCAGGAUCCUUCCGAGACCCCACGGACGAUGUUCACGGCUCGGUGCUGUCCCUGGCCUCCAGCGCCUCCUCCACUUACUCCUCAGCUGAGGAGAGGAUGCAGUCUGAGCAAAUCCGGAAGCUUCGUAGGGAAUUGGAAUCGUCCCAGGAGAAAGUGGCCACCCUGACGUCUCAACUCUCUGCCAAUGCUAAUCUAGUCGCAGCGUUUGAGCAGAGCCUGGUGAACAUGACCUCCCGCCUACGACACCUGGCAGAGACGGCAGAGGAGAAGGAUACUGAGCUACUCGAUUUACGAGAAACCAUAGACUUUCUGAAGAAAAAGAACUCUGAGGCUCAGGCCGUUAUUCAGGGAGCCCUUAAUGCCUCGGAAAUCACACCCAAAGAACUUCGGAUCAAGAGACAGAACUCCUCAGAUAGCAUCUCGAGCCUCAAUAGCAUCACCAGCCACUCCAGCGUUGGUAGCGGCAAGGAUGCUGAUGCAAAAAAGAAGAAGAAGAAGAGCUGGCUUCGAAGUUCCUUCAACAAAGCCUUCAGUAUAAAAAAGGGACCCAAGUCCGCUUCCUCAUAUUCUGAUAUUGAGGAGAUUGCCACACCCGACUCCUCGGCCCCCUCGUCCCCCAAACUACAGCAUGGCCCCACCGAGACGGCUUCACCCUCCAUCAAGUCCUCCACCUCGUCCUCCGUGGGCAUGGAGGCCACGGAGGGCCCUGCCCACUCGGGUCCCCACGCCAGGCUGUUCCAUGCCAGUGAGGAGGAGGAGCCGGAGAAGAAGGAGGUAUCAGAGCUGCGUUCCGAGCUGUGGGAGAAAGAGAUGAAGCUUACAGACAUCCGCUUGGAAGCCCUCAACUCUGCCCACCAACUGGACCAGCUUCGCGAAACCAUGCAUAACAUGCAGUUGGAGGUGGACUUGCUGAAAGCAGAGAAUGACCGGCUGAAGGUGGCCCCAGGCCCCUCAUUGGGAUCCGCUCCAGGGCAGGUCCCUGCACCGUCCACUUUGUCAUCCCCUCGCCGCUCCCUGGGCCUUGCGCUCACUCAUUCCUUCAGCCCAAGCCUCGCAGACACAGACCUGUCCCCCAUGGAUGGCGUCAGCAGCGGUGGCCCAAAGGAGGAAGCGACCCUGCGGGUGGUGGUGAGGAUGCCCCCCCAGCACAUCAUCAAAGGGGACCUGAAGCAGCAGGAGUUCUUCCUGGGAUGCAGCAAGGUCAGUGGAAAAGUCGACUGGAAGACCCUGGAUGAAGCUGUUUUCCAAGUGUUCAAGGACUAUGUCUCCAAGAUGGACCCAGCCUCAACCCUGGGCCUCAGCAUGGAGUCCGUCCACGGCUACAGCGUCAGCCACGUGAAGCGAGUGUUGGACGUGGAGCCCCCAGAGAUGCCUCCGUGCCGUCGAGGUGUCAAUAACAUAUCAGUCUCCCUUAAAGGUCUGAAGGAGAAGUGCGUCGACAGCCUGGUGUUUGAGACGCUGAUCCCCAAGCCGAUGAUGCAGCACUACAUCAGCCUGCUGCUCAAGCACCGGCGCCUCGUGCUCUCGGGCCCCAGCGGCACCGGCAAGACCUACCUGACCAACCGGCUGGCCGAGUACCUGGUGGAGCGCUCUGGCCGCGAGGUCACCGAGGGCAUCGUCAGCACCUUCAACAUGCACCAGCAGUCUUGCAAGGAUCUACAACUGUAUCUCUCCAACCUGGCCAACCAGAUAGACCGGGAAACAGGGAUUGGGGACGUCCCUCUGGUGGUCUUACUGGAUGACCUGAGUGAGGCAGGCUCCAUCAGCGAGCUGGUCAACGGGGCCCUCACCUGCAAGUAUCACAAGUGUCCCUAUAUUAUAGGUACCACCAAUCAGCCUGUAAAAAUGACGCCCAAUCAUGGCUUGCACUUGAGCUUCAGGAUGUUGACCUUCUCCAACAAUGUGGAACCGGCCAAUGGCUUCCUGGUUCGUUACCUGAGGAGGAAGCUGGUGGAGUCAGACAGCGACAUCAAUGCCAACAAGGAAGAGCUGCUUCGGGUGCUUGACUGGGUGCCCAAGCUGUGGUACCAUCUCCACACCUUCCUUGAGAAGCACAGCACCUCAGACUUCCUCAUCGGCCCUUGCUUCUUUCUGUCCUGCCCCAUUGGCAUAGAGGACUUCAGAACCUGGUUCAUUGACCUGUGGAACAACUCUAUCAUUCCCUACCUACAGGAAGGAGCCAAGGAUGGGAUCAAGGUCCAUGGACAGAAAGCCGCUUGGGAGGACCCAGUGGAGUGGGUCCGGGACACUCUCCCCUGGCCAUCAGCCCAGCAAGACCAGUCAAAGCUGUACCACCUGCCCCCACCCACCGUGGGCCCUCACAGCAUGGCCUCACCUCCUGAGGACAGGACAGUCAAAGACAGUACCCCGAUUUCCCUGGAUUCAGACCCUCUGAUGGCCAUGCUGCUGAAACUUCAAGAAGCUGCCAAUUAUAUUGAGUCUCCAGAUCGAGAAACCAUCCUGGACCCCAACCUCCAGGCAACACUCUGAGGGUCCCGCAGUCCCUCUCAUCAGCGGGUAUCAGCUCCGUCGGUGCCUCCUCUCCCCUCUCCUCUUAAAGAGCACUGGCUCGAGGCCCAAGAGGAGACCAGGAGAGAGGAGCAGGGAGAGAGGAGGAGUGGGCUCUUGGUGCUGCAGCUUUGGGGACUGGCGGCGUGCAGUGGGGACACUAGGGUCCCCUGGAUACACUUCUAGGCCUCCUCUCACGACUUUGGGGAAAAGAUGGUUCUGGGUCUUUUUCCUUUAUUUCUUGUCUCAGUUACAGACUCCUGGCCUUUCGGGGGAGGGGAUCAGAAGACAUCAAAGAAACCUGCAGCGGUUCCUAACCAGUUCUCCUGAGGGACUCUGAGAGACAGUGCUCUGUGGGGAAAUCUGUGGGGGGCAGAAGCUCCCUGGAAUCUCUUGCAGACUCUGCCCAAUUCUGUCACCACUGCCAACAGCUCUUCCCCCCGAGAUCUGGCUGGAGCCCAGAAAAAGAAGCAUGUGGUUUAAAAAAUGUUUAAAUCGAUCUAUAAAAAGUAAAAAGAAAAAUAAAAGGAAAAGAUGAAGCUGGAGAGAGGGGAACCAGUUGCGAAGGUAGAGAGAAGCCCUGCCCACCCCGGGUGACAUAGGGAACGUCGACAAGACGGCUGCCAAUCUAAGAAGUCGCCAAACCACGAAAAUAACAUUACAGCCUUCAAAGACUGCUAGUUCUGUCUUACACCUCCUAAUUUAACAUGCAUGAAGUCAAUAAACCCUCCUUUUUUAAUUUUUAAUUUUUGGGUUUUUUUCUCCCAUUUGCCUAUUUAUUUUCCCUUUUUUUUUGGUUUUGGUUUUUUUUUUUGCAUUUCCUCACAUGUCCACAAGAUGCUCAGGUUGCUGUUCCAGGAGCUAGUUUGAUUUUUCCAAGUGGGUUUUCUUUGGAGAAUCUGAUGCCAUCUAAUUGGCACCAGCUAGACACCUUUUAUGUCACCGUCUCUGGCAUCCUGGGGCUUACUAUAUGAGACAUGAAGCAUUGGCUCGGAAGUAGUGAGAGAAGAGGAACCUUUAUUUCCCUUUUGAGAAAGCACACAUUUUGCCUGGGAGCUCAGCUGUCAGCCUCUGUCAUGAGAGCGUAUUGCCCCAUCUUGAUACAAGAUCUACGCUGAGCUUCGCCGUGGACUGGAGGAGAACUAGGAAGCCAGAAGUAUUCCUCUGUCUUGUGGCCUGUCUUUCCCCUCAUUCUUCUGAUGGUGGCCACUUUGCCCGACUGAAUCCAGAAUCCCUGGCUGACCUUUACUAUGUGUUUUGGAAAAGUGAAUAGUCACUUAGCAGAGAAUUGACAUCCAUGUGGGAUAUACUCCCAGUCAGAAUACAAGGCUCGAAGAAUCCGACUUGGUAGCAAAGAUCUGCCUUCCAAAGGGAUCCUCCUUUUACAGAAGUUGCCGUGAAGGUCUGGCUACCUACACACUAAUUCAGCAAGUACCUAUUAAGUACCUCCUGUGUGCCAGUCACUAGGUCAAAAAAAAAAGACUUGGGUCCUUAGGUUGACAAUCUAGUAGAAAUGUUAACCUCCAUGAAGUGCACAUCCCAUUAUCUAGAUCUUCAAGAUAAUCUAAGAAAUGUAGCCCAAACCCAAGGAACCAACUAGAAAGAAGAUUAAUUAUGUCCAAUACAUUGGCAGCAGAAGAUCUGCGAUCAAUCAAGGUGGAACCUUUUGUUUACCCAGGUGGCAUUUUGUUUACCCAGUGGGCAAGUCUACUCCCGCCAUUUAUGAAAACCCCUGUGGGAUCAGAUCGAGGCUGAGCUUCCUGAUGAGGCCAGAGUUUCAGGGCUCUGCAGAUGAGGGCCGUGCGAAGAGCCUGCGUCCAAGUGUCGCCUUUCAGAUUCCUGAGCAGCACAGGAUCUUAGAAUCUACAGGCAUGCAAACCUGGAUCGCUGCGUCCCACCAAAUGAAGAAUUAGAUGCAUCUGAAUCUUCAUCUCUCUUAUUUUGGUCCAAAAGAUGGUCUAGAAUGUUCCCCAAGACAGCUUCUGCAUUCAUCUAGUAGCUCCCAGAGAUGACGGGGCCCUCUGUGCUGGAGACCGUUAUUGGUAUUGCUGCUAAGUCCGUGUGCAAUGAAGAUGCCUGACCAACUCAGCUGUAAAAUACGCAGCUCUGUGGUGGGAAGAGGCUGUUUGUCCUAGGAUGGUGCUGAAAUCACUGCCUUAAGGUCUCUGCUGUGCAGAAUGAGGAGGCCCCAGAGCCGGGUGUUCUAAUUGGAAGGAAGGGACGACCGUAUGGGCCUCUUCUGAACCCUGUCCUUAGCUCCAGUCCGUGGCAGGGCUCAGACUUCAGUGCCAUCUUCAUGAAGUGGCUGAGCCCUUGACUUUCUAUUUUCUGGUGCUGCCCGGCCAGUGCCUUCUGUCAUGGAUGUUACUGGCUACUUGAGGAAAGGGAAAGGGGAGAACCCUUUCCUCCAUUCCAUCUGCCUCAGACCCCCAGAGGGAUUCUUGUGUCCCUGGCAACCAUGGAUACCACCCUGAAUUCACCUGGAUCCUCAGCAGGUUGGUUCUGGAGGCCUCUUGUGUUAGGACUUUCAUCUCUCUGUUCCUGGGAUCCAUCCCCCUCUGCUCUGAGUUGACUGCUGCAUUUUAGCCCAGGUUUCCAGUUGCUUUCUUCCAGGAAGUGUGUUCCCAUCGAGCGAGGUGGUACCGCAGCUUCAGCUUUCCCUCGGGAGCAGGGGACCCUGUUUACAGUUGCACGCCUGGGACCCCACUGCAGGGAUCCAUCCUCUCACCACAGAAUCACAGUGAUGUGGCAACUGCAGAAGGUUGAGCCUCCUCAUGGUGCUAUAACCCCUUGGGACGCUCACCCAGACUUGUCCAACGCAGGAAACCUGAGCUCCCCUGACUGCCCUAGAAUUAAUGGCAAGAUCAAAUCCAUAGCAUUCUCUCUACCUAUGACACCUGCUUCUUAGUCGAGACCACUGGGAUCCUUCAAGAAAGGAAAACCAGGUCCCAGAGCAAAAUUUGCAACCCCAGACACCUUCAGAAGAAUCCAGCCUAUCUAAGACUGGAAUGUGUGCUAUCCUCUUCCUUUCUGGUCCUUCAAGUCCAGUCCUCACCAAGGUUGGCUAGCAGAUGACACGUUUCAAUACCUAACAUCAACUUCUGGGGAGAGCCACAACUCCCGGAAACCUUCUUCAGCAGAUCCCUCUCAUUUCUGGGUAAAGAAGACCAAUGCGUUCGUCCCGUGUAUUUGUCUCUCAAUCCCUACCUAGGCACUAAAAAUAAAACACUAGGUAAUUGGAGGCUAAUAUGGGGCCUGA